AUGCAUGCUGGUUCACAAACAGUAGGUGGUAGCCUCGUUAAGGCUUGUGGUAGCUUGGGUGCUAUUAAACAAGGUAAGCAAGUUCAUGGAAACUUUUUAGUAUCACCCUAUUUUGAUGAUGAUGUUGUUAAGUCAUCUUUGGUUGAUAUGUAUGCAAAAUGUGGAUUACCUGAUGAUAGUCGUUUAGUUUUCGAUUCUAUUAAGUUGAAAAAUAUGGCUUCUUGGACUGCUAUCAUAUAUGGCUAUGCUAGAAAAGGAAGAAAAGAAGAGACUUUGGAGUUGUUUUUAAGGGUUCACCUGAAAAAUUUGUUUGCUUGGACUGCUUUGAUAUCUGGGUUAAUACAGAGUGGAAAUGGGGUUGAUGCAUUUGGCUUGUUUGUUAAUAUGAGAAGGCAAGGGAUUAUUAUAAUUGACCCUCUUGUGCUUUCAAGCAUUGUUGGUGCCUCUCCUCAUUUAGCGAUGUUGGAAAUAUAA